AUGGCUGUGACUUUCGACCACGGUGGAGUUCCGGCUAGUGACGGUGGUGGUGAUCCAUUUGGAGAUCAGCAUCCAAAUUUCUCCGAUGUGUUUCCAAGAAACUUCCCGGAGAGUUUGCGAGUCUUAGUCUUCGAUGAAGAUCCUGCCUAUCUUCUCAUAUUAGAGAGACAUCUCCAAGCUUUUCGAUACCGAGUGACUACAUGCAACGAAGAGAGUGAAGCUAUGACUCUACUCCGUGACCAUAGGAAUAUGUUCGACAUCGCUAUGAUACAUGCAAAUAAUUCAGACGGUGAUAGGAUCCGGUUUAUCUCGGAAAUCGGAUCAGAAAUGGAUAUAUCAUUCAUAAUAAUAUCUAAAGACGACUCAGUAGAAUCAGUGGUGAAGUGGAUGAGUACCACCACUGCUUGUGACUAUCUAAUAAAACCGAUACGACCCGAAGAUCUGCGGAUGAUAUUCAAACACGUGGUGAAGAAGUUUCUUGGAAGAAGGAGGAGUGUGGUGACCGUAGAGGGAGAUCAAGAGAAAGCAGCAGCACGUGAGAAGUCAUCUUCGGUGGGAGAUUCCACCAUAAGAAGUCCUGAUGAUGACCAGGCCGGCAAAAGAAGUAGCUGCCCUAACGCAGAAGUCGUCAACGAGGAGGAUCAUGAUCAUGAUCGUGUUACCUCCAAGAAAAGACGACGAGUCGUUUGGGACACUGAGCUUCAUCAAAGGUUUCUCGACGCAGUGAACAGUGUUGGAUUCGAAAAAGCUGUUCCCAAGAAAAUUUUAGAGCAAAUGAAUGUUGAAAACCUCAGUCGAGAAAACGUAGCCAGUCAUCUCCAGGUAACGUUUCUUCUUAAAUAUCGAUUGGGUUUGAAGAAGGAGAGUGAUAAGAUUAAGAAUGAGGUACCAACAAACCAAUCUUUCAGAACUCCACAACAAGGAUUAAUGUUUGUGCAAGGAGACGCAUCAAACUUCUUCAAUGGAGGAAAUGUCCAAUUCCCAACACAACACAUCAGCAAUGUUCCUCCUCAACCUAAUUCUUUUGUGCAGCAACACACCAUGAACCCUAAUAAUCCCAUGACACAUCAAAUACCACAACUCCAACAUCAUUAUAAUGAAGCCUUUGCUAUGCCUUCCAAUGGAGGCGUAGGGAUGAAUCACCAUCAGAGGGAUGAGGUCACUACAGAACAACAUUUUGGUUAUGCCAACUUUCAGGAGGAUGAGUCAACGGACGUUGCACACUUAAUGUCAACACCGAACAGGGAACAGAUAGAGUUGUACCCACUCCACAUGGAGUUUAGUUCUUUCAACAUGAGGAACAAUCAUGAAACUGAGAUUUCACCACCCAUGUCACGUUUACCAGCAUUAAUUUCUCCUCCUCAAACACAUAGUUAUUGUGAUCAGCAACAAAAUGGAGGAUUCAACUACAACAGUGCCCGUCAACAAUAA